UAGCGUAAGUACAGACCCGGCGCCCGGCCUUGGUGGCGUCUUCGAUCUAGAUGGGGUCACCGAGGACUAUAAUAAUGGGAGCACCCGGGGCGGGUGGAGGAGGGUAGAGGAGCAACCCCAACACCCCUCUCCCCUCUUCACCCCCCCUCGAGGAGGAGAACGACUAUAAAAGUGGAGGUUCCGGACUCUUUGCUCCCCACAUCUCACUGGACACCCUCUGCAUCUGACCCCCGACCAUGUCGAGACCCCUGGAAGAAGCCAUGGUGGCAAUCAUCUGCACCUUCAGGGAGUAUGCUGCAAGAUGCGGGGACCCCUAUAAACUCAACAAGGGGGAACUCAAGGAACUCCUGCUCAAGGAGUUGCCCAGCUUCAUGCCGAGCCAGCUGAGCGAGUGCGACUACAACCAGCUGUUCUGCGCGCUGGACGCGGACAAGGACUGCGAGGUGAACUUCCAGGAGUAUGUGGCGGCCAUGUCCUCCCUCUCUGUCCUCUGCAAUGAGUUCUUCCGCGACUGCCCUCGCGACUGCCCCGCCGAGCCCACCUGCCCCAAAUAAAGCCACGCGCAUGC